CUCAUUAUUUUCAUUCCUUCAACUCUAUAAAGGAACUCUGCCAAAAUUUCAGCUCAAGCAGCCAACCAACAAUUGCUUAGUUGACCAAACAAUUACUCCACCAUGGCCAACAAUGCCAAUGCUGGAGCAGCCUUUGGGUUGGAAGACGUGCCGGAUUUGCCUGAAGCACCCACGGAACAGCCCAAGUACAACCGGGAUUACCAUCGUCUCUUCGUCAAAUUCAUGAGCUGGCUGCACAAGAGGACAUACACCAAGGCGGCUCGCUUCCAACCUAGUGCUUUGGCCGGCAUCCAACCACACCACGUUGCCGACUACUUGAAAUGGCGUGCGUAUGGUACGACCGAUGUUGACUUCAAAGAUCUUGAGCAGAAUCCAACUUGCCGCUCCUCUACUCUUGAGCAAGACAAGAAGGCUAUCUCCUUCUACAUGCCCAUCAAAGGUGCCACAUGGAAUGGAACCUCCGGCAAUCCAACCAAGUCCGAUCCUGUGAACGAAGUGGUCAAGGAAGUCAAGAAAGCGGAGACUCAACACCGCGGCAAGAAGUCCUGUGCCACCAGGGAUUUGACGGAAACUGAGUAUCGCAAGGUGGUCCAUGAACUCUACGGCAAAGGGAGCUUUGAAUCGACCAUCCGUACAGCCUGCAUGUUGAAGCAGCAAGUCCAUCUCAUCACCAGGACGGACGACAUCUCCAAGUUGAAGUAUUCCGACUACAAGCCGCAUCCAGACUUCCCUUUUGCGCUCAGUUGCAAGGUGCAUUGGUCCAAGAAUAUUUCGGAAGAACGACAAUGCCCUGACCAAAUCAUUCUUGGGUCGAUGGAUACCGACUUUUGUGCUAUGCUCGGAUUGGCGAAUUACAUGGAGGCGUCCUUCAACUACGGGUAUGGCGCCGCUGGUCGGGAAGAUGCAUUCCUCUUUACUCCCGAAAGCGAUCCUAAGUUGGCUCCCAAGCACUGCAACGCAGCCUACCGCAACAUUCUCAAGGCUGUCUUUUUGUCGGCUCCAUUUUUGGCUGUGGCGCUCCUCAUUGCUGGUGUUCUUGGGAGUCACAGCAUUCGGAAGUUUGCUGCAACUCUGGCAAGAGGGAUGGGUGCUACUGCUGACGAAGUUGACAUUCGAGGUCGCUGGAAGGCUCGCUUAUCUGGACGGGUUGUUGAUGCCUACAUUUCGCCUGAACAGCCCUGGAUCGACGCUCGUGUUGCCGAAAAGCUUUGCAUGGGGGCUCCUAUUGCCUACAAGCUACACCCGGAUGCCAAGAGAGUGACUCCCGACUGGUUGAUUGAGCAUGUGGUGCCAAGGACGCAUGCGUUUUACGACGGUGUCAACGACAUUUCGCUUCACUUGGCUCUGCCUCUUUUGUGGGCUGCUCUUGACGAAUCUUGGGAGGAGAGGAUGGAGCCUCCCGUUCGUGUUAGGAUCCAAGAUGCGUACGAGCGCAUCAAGGCCGAUGUUCCUGUUGGCGUCAACCCUGUGGUGAAAGUGCCUCUCUCUAUUUGGACGCACAACACCAAGCUCCACAUCAACGAAAUCGAGCCGAUGGAUACGGGAGGCGGCGGUGGGACGGCUGGUGGCACUACGGGAACGACCGGCCAGGCAAGCACUCGUCAAGUUGCCAAUCAGUCUCGGCAGGUGACGGCUAUGCAAACGCAACAACAGGUACGAACGAACGAGGAGAUUCUGACAAGGAUUAUUGCGCAGCACAACCAGCUCCAGCAGCUCAUUGCGCAGAAGGUAGGACCCGCGACAGUUCGGCUGCUGCUUUGA